AUGGGUGAGGAAAAGGAACGCGGCGUCCGAUUGGGUGACUCGGAGGCGGAAGAGGCGGGGAGACCGUGGGGGUAAAGGGGGCGGGGCUGUCAUUGGUGCGGCCGGGACUCCGUCCACAAAGGUGGGCUCGGGAGGAAGAGGAAGGAAGGCCCCGCUGGAGGGGUCCAUGGCGGAGAGGUGGGUGUCGCGGGCCGCCUUCCGGCUCUAGGAGGCCGUUGAGACUGGGGGGAGUGCGGGGAUGGUAACAGGAAUAGCGAAAUUAUUUAUUAAUAAUGAAUGAUAAUUAAAAUAAGUUAUUAACAAGAUAUUCUAUCCUAGUAGUAGUAAUAGUAGUAGUGCUGUUAUUUAUUUAUUGCCCGCCACUCACCCUUAGGCCACAAGGCGGGUUACAGCGUUAAAACACAAUUUAAAAGCAACUUAUGGAUGGACCCUCGUCCUUACAGUUUUCUUAAAAUCGAAUGUCUGGACCCACACAAUGAGGAUGAAUAUUAUUGAUAUAAUACCGAUGAAAUGCUGUUGAUAGCAAUACCAUUGUUUAUUAAAGCUACGACUGUACUUUAAAAAUUUAUUUAAAGCAAUAUAUAAAAUUUCUUUAAAAAUAAGUUUUCUCAAGGUGGCCUCUAGUUAAUGGGAUAUGCAUUUAAGAAGCAACAUCUGCAGUUAUUUUCAACUUAAAAACAGGAUUUAACUUUAAAGCCUUUUGCACUCCUAUAAAAAGUCAUAUUACUAUUUCAGAUGGGGAGUAGUUUAAAAUCCAGCUUCCAAUUUCAGUUAAAAGCAGAUUGAUAUAGAAAGGUUUUUAAAGCUUGCAAGCAAGGAGUGUUACAUAUGUAAGGCACCUUGUUUGUUUAAGAGGGAACGGUUGUGACAUCUGUACCUUCCUCAGGUUGUGAACAGUAAGGGGGCAAGUAAUUGCACUCAUUGCAGUCUUUUUUUUCUAACUGGAGGAACCUUUUUAAGUGUGAAGGAAUUUGAGUGAAAUAAUUCACAUUGAUGAGAGGUAUUCUAGCUAAGGGAUCUGUAAGGAGCCAGUAGGCCAGCCUUUUCUCAGGUGCAAGCACUGGUUGACUUAAUUCAUGAUUGGAGUCACCUGCUUGCUCAGAGCAGCUGCAUCCUGACAUUAAAAACUGCAUGCUGGCUCAGCUUCUUCCUUUCAUUACAAAGCUGUUUUAUCCUGUGUGCAACACCUGCAGAUCCAUUGCUGAAACUCCAAGGUCUAUGUAAGAUAAAAUAAAUUCUGCACUGAAAAAUAAAUGAUGUAAGCAGUGCUGUUUUGUUCAAUAUAUGUGUAAUUUAGCUCAGCUUCCAUUUUCACAUAAUGGAGAAUAAAAUUCUAUUGCUACUCAUGGAAGUGAGAGGUGAAGGCCACUUUUUUAAAAGGGGGAUUAGACAAUUCAGUAGAAAACAUGAGGUUUGUCAAUAACGACAAGUCAUGACUAUAUACUGCUGCCAAGAUUUGUGAUGGGUGUGUCUCUCAACGGUUACUGGGGAGCAACAGCAGGAGAUAGCAUUUGUUCCAAUAUCCUGCUUAUUGACUUUCCAGAGGCAUCGUCGUGUUGGCCAUUGUGGACGAUGGGAUGCUGGACUAGAUAUGACUUUAGUCUUAUAUUGCAAGGCUUUUUAAUGCAAUUCAUAUAAUAUGCAUAAAAAAAAAAAACAUGGCAUGGAGAUGGCUACUAUGCAGACCCUGUAAGAGACUAAAUGAUAUCUGUUUUUGACAAACAUGUCGUCCUGUUUUGUUGCUGUGUACAGCAAAUGGUGGAAUUUUACAGGUGAUAGUCCUGACUUUUCUGUUAAGAAGGAACUCCUGUUUCUGAUUAAUGGGGAAAGUGGGAGACUGAAUUUAACAUUUCAGUCCAUAGAACAGAGAGGGAAUGUAUCAGGUCCUCUACAAAACUUCCCCCAGGACACAUUCUCUUUUCCAUAUCUAUUAAAGGCAGCAGAUGUCUGGAAACUUAGCAGCAUUGUGGGGUCACUUCUUCCACAAUCCAUUUGUGGCAAAUGCUCCACAUGUCAAGUCCAAGUAGGAGACAGUACCACCUUAGUGCUUGCUAUAGGGCAUAAACUGCCUCCUUCCUGCAAUUCAUUGUGCUUUGCCUCUGAUCUUCUGAGGUAGGGGGAAUUAGCGGUGGUACAGCAUAGUAGAUGUAGGCAGGGAUAUUGUAGGCAUGCUUCUGACUCUAUAAUUUAUUUCUCACUGAGAUGGUCUACACAGUGUAUUUGGACUGCACCAUUGCAGGGUGGGAAUUUACCUUACUGAAUACUUCUGUGUGAAAUGUACCUCCCUCUAGAAAACUGUGUGUCAAGGAGAUCUAGCCUAGUCUUCUACCUGAAAACUGGUUUCCUAUAUGCGUGGAUUGGGUUAAGAAUUAUUUGCAUGGCAGUGCACUGCAUGGCCAGUUCUAUGCCAGAGAGUUCAGUGUGUCUCUAUAUGUAGGGAAUAGAAACUGUCCUGCUCCUAAUUCUCUUCUCUGCACAGGCUGCUCCACAAUGGAUGGAGGAGAAGGUAGUGCCGACCUCGUGAUUAACAAAAGGUUUGUGUCUGAAGCGGAGAUAGAAGAACGGCGCAAGCGAAGGCAGGAAGAAUGGGAGAAGGUUCGGAAACCCGAAGACCCUGAAGGUAUUUGACUGUUGAUUGGGGAAUCGCUGAAUAGAGAGGUAGUAGGAGAGCUCAGACUACCGUUACAAUACCGAUCAAUCCCUCAAAGCCUGCUCUACCUGAAACUCCUCCACAUGAGAGAUUGUUGGAAGUUGGAAGUUAUCCAUCUUCACCUUUUCCUAUCUAGCCACAGGUAGCUUACCUGUUGUCGUAGGAUAUUUUACCUCUAGUGAAAUGGGGCCAGAACAUCCUAGGGUUCUGGGAGACAAACCUUUUUCAACAGUCCGUAGUACAGUGGUACCUUGGUUCUCAAACGCCUUGGUACUCAAACAACUUGGAACCCAAACACUGCAAACCUGGAAGUAAGUGUUCCGGUUUGCAAACCUUUUUCGGAAGCCAAACGUGCUCUGUUUUGAGUGUUACGCUUCUGAUUUGAGUGCCACACUUCCACUUUGAGUGUUACGCUGAGGUCUGCCUGUUUUUGCUAUUUUGCGUUUUUGUUUUUGGGACUUUUUUGUUUUGUUUUUGGGACUGCGUGAAACCCAGUUCAACUACUAAUUGAUUGAUUGUGUGACUGUAGUACAUUGUUUAUUGCUUUCAUUAUAUGGAUCAGUGGUCUUGUUAGAUAGUAAAAUUCAUGUUAAAUUGCUGUUUUAGGGGUUGUUUUUAAAAGUCUGGAAUGGAUUAAUCCAUUUUGCAUUACUUUCUAUGGGAAAGUGUGCCUUGGUUUUUGAAUGGACUUCUGGAACGGAUUAAGUUUGAGAAGCAAGGUACCCCUGUACAGGGGUACCUUGGGUUAAGAACUUAAUUCAUUCUGGAAGUUCAUUCUUAACCUGAAACUGUUCUUAACCUGAGGUACAACUUUAGCUAAUGGGGCCUGCCGCGCCGCCACCACACUUUUCUGUUCUCAUCCUGAAGCAAAAUUCUUAACACGAGGUACUAUUUCUGGGUUAGCGGAGUCUGUCACCUGAAGCUUGUACAAAAACAAAUUGCAAGAGCUUCUAAGGACUUAGUGGGACAGAGUAGGAUCAAACAGAGACUAAAGACUGUUUAGGCAUGAUUCAAACACUCAGUUGUUACUUUUUAGCACAGUAAUGAUGAGGAAUGUGUUGCAAUUUUUGAAGCAUUUAAUAUUUUGUUAUGUAAAUAUUAAAGGAACAGCUCUGUGAAGCAGGUCAGCACUAUUUUAUUAAUGCAGUGGGGGUGGUGGAAUGGGACAUUGAAACUGGUUAAGAGCCUUUUGCCUGAAGCAAGGAUAGGGAGCCAUAGGUUGCCUUUCCAUCUAGCCUGACCCCUUCUCCAAGUUCCUCCCCUCCUCCUUUGGCUGAAGAGAUCUGUUGCAUUCCUGAUUGGCAGGAGCAUCAGAGCAAUGGGGAAUGGUGGAAGUAGCACGGCUGCCCUCUCUUCUCCACCAAUCAGAUGGGUAGUAUCAGGGAGGGGUGGUUGGGUUUACUUUCCCACUCCCUCAUUCCAAUGCCAAUCUUGGACACUGCGAUUUAAUUUGAGGAAAAGUGUUGUAGCAAUAUGAGGCGGACCUUCACUGAGAUUGCAGGGAAGGAAGGGGGAAUGGUGUUAGGUGGUGGUGGUGGGUCCCACCUCCAGUAUAUGCCCCUUCCUGGCUGCUUUUUGUUUAAGCUUCCAUAGCCUAAAGCCACCAAGUGAGUUCAUAGCAGAUGUGAGAUUUGAAUCCAGGGUUCUUGCUCUGCUGUUCAGCUUCACAGUCACGUUACUGCAGCAGCUUGCUGGGGUAUUAGGGAGCAAUGUUUUGGAGGUUGUGUGGUUAGAGCAUCUAUUUCACAAGCAGAAGGUCCCUGGUUCAACUUCUAGAGGCAUUUCCACAUAGGACUCACAACAGCCCCUUCUUGAAAUCCUGGAGAGCAACAGCCAGUCAGUGUUGACAAUACUGAGCUGAUGGGCCAAUGGUCUGAUAGCUUCCUAGGCUUCUGUGCUAAUAAGGAAGCAAAAUCGGUUGGAUAUGCUGAGAGGGGCAGCCUUGCACAAAGCAAUCUCUUGAAAACAGCAGAGCAUAAGGGAUGGAGAAGUGGCUGCAUUUUGCUCCCCCUGUGAUUCAGGAAAAGUUCAUCAGGGCAAGUUCUUGUUGAGUGUUUGUUCUUGGGGCAACAUUUUGAUUUGGAGAAGAUACAUUAUUGUUACUCCCAUUUGGGUUAAGCUUCUGCAUUUAUAUUAUUGGCCUUGCUAUGAAUGAGUUGUUUAAUCUGCAUGCAUAUUUAUACAAUGUUUUCCUUACCCUUAUUUGUAUGAUUACAGAAAUUUUCUUAUGUCUUGUAAUUGUGAGUUACUUUGCUGUAUUUUAUUGUAUAAACUUUUCUGAAGUUGGAGCCACCUUGAGCAUGGCUUACCAUGAGAGUCAAACAAAUAAACUGUUGAUGAAACUAUCAGCAAAGUCUGAUAAACCUGGCUUGUAAAGAGCCACUUGCCUAUUGGCUAUAGUCAGAAUCCCUUUCAGGUGACAAACAAAUGGAUCUUCACAGAAGUUGCUUCUCAUUUCCUUUUAGUCCAAAAGCGGCUAGCGGGUAGCAUCAAGGCUAGUAGACCUGGAAUGUCUCUGAGAUUAUUGGCAAGGCUGUCAGAGACUGUACUGGGAGCAAGUUUUAUUUCAUAGUGGCCACCUGUACAACUUCUUUCUUCUCCAUCUCCCAGAAUGCCCCGAGGAGGUGUACGACCCCCGCUCGCUCUACGAAAGGCUCCAGGAGCAGAAGGACAAGAAGCAGCAGGAGUUUGAGGAGCAGUUCAAGUUCAGUAAGUUCCAGUAAGCAUCUUUGUGAAUCCUGACACAGGGGAGCCGCACUGAACGGCUUCAGUACUUUUUGUGAAAAUCCUGUCCUGAGCAAAGCAGGCCCCUAUAUCUCUGAGCUCCUUGAAGAAUUCUGAGAACAAUUUCUGGGGGACAAGGAAAAGGAACAGGAGCCUGUCUGCCAAAGUACUGGCAGAAGAGGGGAUGUCCUGGUUCCCGUAACAUAGCUGAGCCAUUGCUAGCAUGGCUGCCUAUCUCUGCACUUGUCUCUAGAGGCUAGAAGAGAUCAUGUGUUCCCAGCUCCAGAGUCUAGGGCAGAAAGACCUCCUGUUAAAGCACUGCAGUGUCAUGUGGAUCAGAAUAGGAACAUGCUGCAGAGGAAGGGCAAGAUGGUGCUGGCUUUGCAGCUAAAUGGCUUAUUCAAGUCUGUUCUCCUGUCGCCUCCUCUUUCAGAAAACAUGGUCAGAGGCCUAGACGAAGAGGAGACCAAGUUCCUCGAUGAGGUUUCUCGGCAGCAAGCGCUAAUAGAGAAGCAGCGGCGAGAAGAGGAUCUCAAAGAGCUGAAUGAGUACAGAAUAUCCUUUGCAUUGAAGCACUUCCUAUUGUAAAGUUGGAAGUAAGAAGGGGCAGGUGGCUUGUUUAGCACUCGGGUGCGGUUUGGGGUGCCGUGGCGAUCUGAAGAGCUGGAGCUUAAUUUCCACAGCCCAUUUCAUUUUUUUGCUAGAGCUGUAUUCUCGCUUUGCUAUGGAUGAAUUUGAGAACAGAGCUUGUGGGUUUGUUAUUCAGGAUGUGUUAAACUUCAAUAAUUUGAUCUGGCUGUGAAUGAAAACAAGAGGACUCUUGGAGAUGUGGCAACAGGUUGGUGACUAGCACCAGGGCCCCCACAACAUUUGGGGUCACCUGACCCCUCCACAUCCCUUUUGUGAGUUUAUUCACAGAUCAGAAAGGAAUCUUUUUGUGCUUGGCAUCCAGGGAAUGGGUAAGCAUUGUUGGUGACCAGAUUUGUAGACUUCUGGAACAGAAUUUUUCAUCUGGGCUUGAAGCUCUUGUGGCUCUGGUAGCUGGGCCGAUUCUUCUAAGUGUGGAUAUCAGGGGUGGACAGCCUCCAGGUGCUAGGGACUACAACUCCCAUCAUCCCUUGCCACUGGCUGUGCUGGCUUGGGCUGAUAGCCUGGGAGGCUCUAGGCCUUGCUGAUCUGUGUGUUGCCCUGUCCAUAGUACUUUUCCCAGGCUCUGCUCCAGAGCCUUCCCUCACACCACCCCUUUCUUCCAUAUCUUUCCCAGCACCCCCCUCCACAUUUGAACCCAUCAGUUUCUUCACUGAACUUCUCUGGUCUUGACCUGGGAACCAUCUCAGAAACUCAAAUGUUGACUGCACUGCCUUAUGUGGAGUGAAGCCAGUGACCCACCUAGCUCGGUAUUCCCCACACUGGCAGACAGGGGCUUUCCAAGGCCUCAGCUGCAGGUCCUUCCCCAGCCCCACCUGGAGAUGCUGGAAAUUGAACCUUUCAUAUUGUGUGCUGCUAAGCAUGAACUACCAGUUUGUAACUUUUACUGAGUUCUUUAAUGGGUAAAGUUGGUCAGAGUGACUCAUUCUGUGCUUGAAUAGUGUGAAUUUCACCCCAAGCCCUGUUGGAAUAGGGUGGGGUUGUGUGAGUGUUAACGCUCACCCACCCACCCACCUAAUAUUUCAAGAGGCAUGUUUGGUAUUUGAGGCUCUCCACCAGAUGGUGCCAGAGAGCUUCCUUUAGCAGUACUGUUGAGCAUCUCAAAAAAACAACAAAGCCAGUAAUAUACAUAUUUUUAAAAAUAUAGAUAGCAUUAGCUUGUUUGGAGGGAGAUUAUUAUCUGCACUUUAAAAAAGCAUGCAUUUUAAAUGGAAAGUUGUAUCCAACAAAGUUCUACUCAGAGUAAACAUUGAAACUGGGAAGUGCAAGUUCUCAAAGUCCAUUAACUUCAGUGGGUCUACUCUGAGUAGGACUCGGAUUGGAUGCAUUGGAUGUCACAUCUAGCGUGGCCCUAUGUAAAUGCGGGGAAGGUGCUUCAGGAAUGUGACGGGGUGGUUAGAUUUUUAUCUGGGCAGCUGAAUGAUGCCAAUUACUAUAAAAUCCACUGGUGCUUAAUGCAUUUGAUAACUGAUUUUAUUUGAGUAAAUAAUUACUCAAAUAAUUCAAAUGAUUGAUUCACUGGUGUUCCUGAUGGAAAGGUUUAGAGUCCUGAUGGAAAACAAAUCCACAAAGAUUGGUUUCCUUCUCCUCCUGUGCAGGUUUUAAUAAGUGUACACACACUGCCUCUUCUAAGGUAUUGGGGUUACUGGUACCCUUGCAGCCUGGCAGGACUGGGACUACAGGCACCAAUGUAAGGGCGGGUUUGGCUGCUCUGGAUUUCCUGUACACCCGUCAGUCCUCAGAUUCCACUUGAUCCUUAACCUUUGAGUCCACAGCACUUUGUCAAAGGUGGGGGUCAGUGCUGACCUGAAGAAGGAAGCAGACAAGAAACUGCCGGCGAAAUCAGCAGAAAACAAGAGCAAGUUCUCACAGGCAAAGCUGUUGGCUGGAGCUGUGAAACAUCGGAGGUAAGUUCCCAGAUGAAUGAAGGGCCCUUGUUGAUGGAAAGUAAACAAGCUAACCUUUUGAGGCUUAAAAUUGACCAUCGCAGUGUGGGGUGUGAAGUGGGGUAGAUUCUGGAGUUUAAAAUCUCCCAGGCAGAAAUAUACCAGGCUUUCCCAUCUGAAUAGGAGAUGUAAAGCCCAUUGUUAUUUUUUAAAUUUACUGUAUUUACUCGAAUCUAAUGCUCACCUUUUUUGGCCAAUUUACACUGCGAAAAUCAAGGUGUGCAUAAGAUUCUAUGGCACAUUUACAUUUGCCAGCAAAUGGUUUCAGGGUUUUGAAAAUUGUGGUGUGCUUUAGAUUCAAUGGCGCAUUAGACUCAAGUAAAUAUGAUAUUAGUGCUUUUUUGCCAUGGCAACUCAGUGACCUACAGAACAACUUGCAGUGCCCCCCCCCCCCGUGGUUCCAGUCCUCUUUUUUGACUUUGCAUUGUUUCCUUUCAGUUCAGAAGGUGCCAACAGCGUGAAAAGACUGAAACUCGAUCCGGAUCCUGACCAUGACAAGACUCCAGGUAGGUGUGUUUGCAUGGUGGGUUACGCUAGGCCUCGUAUCGCCUGCUGUGCAUUGGUCAUGUUGCCUUCAUGAACAGCUGAUCAGUCAGUUGGGGGGGGGGGGAGUGAAGGAAGGGAUGCAUCCUGUUGCAGAAUAUUGGGCAAAACCCAUGAGGCGGCUUUCCUGGGGAAAAGUGAUAUUGCAGUGAACCUAAGACGAGCCUGCUGGAUCAGGCCAGUGGCCCAUCCCGUUCAGCAUCCCAUUCUCACAGUGGCCAACCAUAUGCUUGUAAGCAUUACCGCCUCUGACUGUGGAGUGCAUAUCACUUGUCUUCUCAAAGCAAUGGUGAUGUCAUGAGCUGAUAAUUCAGUGACCUCUGUCCUAGAGCAAUGGUCUUAAGCUGACAGGUUCAGGCUCGCAAGUGGAUUGUGUCUGGACACCUCAUGGGUAGCAGAUGUAUAUGUAUGUAAAUGAAAGCUCAGCCCCAUGUUGAGAGGGCUUGGGUUAAAGGGCAUAUAUCUUCAUGGGGCUAUGACAAAUUCAUGGAGGAUAAGGCUCUCAGUGGCAACUGGUCAUGAUGGCUGGGAAUCAUCUCCAGUAUCUGGGACGCUCACUUCCCUCUGAACCUCAGUUGUGGGGGAAUACAAGCAAGAUAAUGAAACUUCACCACUGUCCCGCUUGCUGGCUUCCCAUCCACAGCUGGGUAGUAGCUAUGGGAACAGGAUGUUGGAUUAACAGGGACUUUGGUCUGACCAGCAGGGUUCUUCUGUUCUGAUGGGGGUCCUUGGUCUGUAAUGUUUGAAGGUAACUGAAGGAAAGUAAUGAAGCAGAUCUGUAGCUGAAAGGCCAGCAGCAUCAGCUUUGCUCACCGAGGCUGUAUUCACAUGGCGGUUUAUUCCCCUUCCCUGUUAGUUUCAUUGCGAAAGUGAGUGCCAUAAUUUAACUAUACACUGUGAAUAAGUGCUUUUUAAAAUCUGUCCUGAAAACCUUUCCUCUGGCCACACUUUCCAUGCCAUGCAUAACUUUAUAAACUUCUAUCAUGCCGCCUCUUACUCACCUUUCCUCUAAACUAAGAAGUUCCAAAAGCCUUUCCCCAUAGUGGAAUCUCUACAUCCCUGUGGUCGUAUUGGUUCCCCUUUUCUGAACCUUUUGAGGUGAGGAGACCAAUACCAUACACAGUAUUCCAAAUGUGGUCGCUCCAUAGAUUUGUAUUGGCAGCUUUAUUUUCCAAUCUUCCUCUCCCAACCCCCCUCCACGGCUCUCUUCCAGAAAAGCCGCCCUGUGUUCCUCUGAGCAGCGGCUCCAUGAGCGGCUCUGCCCUCCACUGUCCCUCGGCUGCCGUCUGCAUUGGGAUCCUGCCGGGCCUCGGGGCUUACUCUGGGAGCAGCGACUCAGAGUCCAGCUCGGACAGCGAAGGGACCAUCAACUCCACCGGGAAGAUCGUCUCCUCCGUGUUUCGGGGAAGCAACUUCUUUGAUGCUCCACUGUAG